AUGGAGGUCCCGACCACCACCUCUGGCUACCGAAUAGACCUCACGGCCGGCAGCUUCGAUGGCCUCCGCCUGGACACGUCGAUGCCCGUGGCGGCGCCGUUGGGUGCGCAUGACUGCCUCGUGGCCAUGCACGCCGUGUCACUAAACUAUCGGGACAUUGCGAUGCCGCUCAGGCUCUAUCCCGCCUACACCAAGGAAGACGUGGUGCCGUGCUCCGAUGGGGCCGGCGUGGUGCUCGCAGUCGGCGACUCAGUAACGUCCCUGAAGAUCGGGGAUAAAGUAUGUCCCACGUUCUUCCAGGACUUUGAAGACGGAUACCCGACAAGGGAAAGCCGCGCGUCUAGUCUGGGUGGGUUAAACGACGGGGUGCUCAGGAGACACGCCGUCUUUGGCGCGAAGGGGUUGAUCAAGGUGCCUCGAUUUCUCACCGCGAGGGAAGCAAGUACCCUGCCAUGCGCGGCUUUGACGGCGUGGAAUGCUCUCUUUGGAGUCGAGGGACGCGCGCUGAAGCCGGGGGACUGGGUUUUGACGCAGGGCACUGGCGGUGUCAGUGUCUUUGCGCUCUUGUUUGCCAAAGCCCUCGGUGCGCACGUCGUCGCUACGACAGGUGAUCAAGCCAAGGAGAAAAGACUACGCGAUCUCGGGGCAGACCUCGUACUAAACUACCGCGAAAACCCGAACUGGGGCAUCACUGCCAGAGAACACAUUGAGAAGCAGGGAGGAACGGGAGCCCAACACAUCAUCGAGGUCGGCGGGGAAACCUCGAUGGAGCAAUCCCUGAAAGCCGUGGCGCCCGAGGGUAUCAUCUCCAUCAUCGGGUUCCUCGGCGGAGACCUCGGCGGUGGGAAAAAGAGGACCGGGUUCUGGGACUGCUUCGCCAGUGCCUGUCUCGUCAGAGGCGUGCUCGUGGGAAGCAAGAGGCAGUUUCGAGAUAUGUUGGCUUUCAUGGAGGAGAAAGGUGUGAGGCCCGUGAUUGAUGAAAAGGUCUGGAGGUUUGAGCGGGCGAGGGAGGCGUACGAGUAUUUGAGAGCACAGAAGUUCUUUGGUAAGGUGGUCAUUGAUAUUGAGGAAUGA